AUGGCCGCAAACACGAAUACUGCCACGCUCAAUGCCGAGACCGCCGGCGGCGCAAACGCCUAUGAGAACCCCAACCUAAACACAACAACCUCUCACGCUGCGACAACUGGUCAGGACCCAGCGACGCACUCGACCUCAAGAGCCGCUACGAGCACCAUUGGCGGCGGAGAUGCGCCGACAACGCACAGUGGUGGCAUCGGGCAGCAGAUCAAGGGUGCCUUUGCACAAGGACACGGAAUGGGAGAAGUGAUUCGUGGAAAGUUCAACUCUGCGGUUGAUACCGCGGCUGGCGACCCGCAGGGCAUGGCGAAGAACAAGAACAUCACCACUGGUGGCGAGAGGGAGUUUGCGACCAAGGACUUUGUGAAAAAGGGAACUCUGGACAAGGCUUUGUGA